AUGACCACCCCACCCCCCCUGCACAUCCCCCCCACGCACCACUCCCCCACCUUCCCCCCCAACACCCUCAUCCUCGUCACCGGCGCCAACGGCCUCAUCGCCUCACACAUCACCGACCAGCUGCUGGCCGCGGGCUUCCGGGUGCGCGGCACCGUGCGCUCCCUUGCCCGCUGCGGCUACCUGCAGCCCCUCUUCAACGCACGCCACGGCGAGGGCCGUUUUACGCUGCACGAGAUACCGGACGUUUCCGCGCCCGGGGCGUGGGAGGCGGCGGUUUCGGGGGUGGCGGGGAUUGCGCACAUGCUGGGGGCGGUGGAUUUGAGCGUGCAGGAUGCGGAUGGGGCGGCGGCGGAGGAGUUGAAGUGGCAGGUGGGGAUGCUGGAGGCGGCGCGGAGGGAGGAGGGGGUGAAGGCGGUGGCGUUUACGUCGUCGGCGUGGGCGGUUUGGACGCCGGAUGCGGAGAGGAAGAUCAGGUUGACGGGGGAGAGUUGGAAUGAGGAGGCGGUGGCGUUGGCGAGGGAUGCCGGGGUGAGUGCGGAGGAGAAGGGGUUUGCGGGGUUUAUGGCGUUCAAGACGCUUGUUGAGCAGGGCGUGUGGGAGUGGGUGCGGAGGGAGCAGCCGCGGUAUGCGUUUAACACUGUGUUGUUGGAUACGGUGCUGGGGGAGUGUCUGGACCCGGAGAACCAGGGGAUUCCGAGCACGGCGGGGAUGGCGCAUUGGGUGUGGGAGAAUAUCCACGUGGACACGCUCAACAUGAUGCAACCGCAGUGGUUUGUGGAUUGCCGGGAUGCUGGCCGGUUGUACGUCGCGUUGCUGGCGACGGCGCCUGUGGUGGACAGGGAGCGCGUGUUUGCGUUUGGCGCGCGGUACAGCUUCUUCCGGGUGGCUGAGAUCCUGAAGGAGCUGUACCCGGAGCACGCCGACAAGAUGGCCAAGGUCAAGGACCUGGGGUGGGACCAAACCGAGGUGCCGAACGAGCGGGGGGCUGGGUUGUUGGCUAGGUUGGGUCAGGAGGACGGCUGGCGGACUCUGGAAGAGAGCGUGAAGGAGAACGCCGAAAGCUGGCUGAAGCUCAAGUCGGCCGGGGUGACAGACCAGAGGUAUGCACAUAUUGGCAAAUGA